AUGUUAAAACGAUGUUUAAAAAUCAUAAAGAAAAGAUUACGUAUAGUUAUAAAGAUUCCAUAUAUUUUUCGUUUGAUUAUAUUUCUUUUAGUUGUUUUAUUUAUUUAUCAAAAUAAUUUGAAAUUUGGAUGGAUUCAUAAUGAAUCUUCUCGAAGUAUAUCAAUAUUAACGAGAAGAUUUGAGAUUGAAUUACUUUUAUUAUAUGAAAAAGAAUUAUCUCGUAUAGAAAAAGAAUUAUUUAAACCAAUUUUUCAUAAUCAUUAUUUGACAUUAAAAUUAAAUUUAACAUCAAUGAGAAAAAAUUAUUUGAAUUAUUUUAAAAAUAAUUAUCAGGAUAAAAUUGAUUGUCUUAAAAUAACUUGUUUAAAAAAUUCGAAAAAUAUUAAUAAUUUUUAUCCCAUUUGUUAUAUUUAUUUGAAUUUUCAUGUCAAAAUAUUGAAUAUUGAAGAAGUAUAUUUGACAUUUUUAUCAAAAAAUUCGAGUUGUUUAUUAUCAUUAAGAAACACAUCAGAUAUUAUAUAUCUUGAUAUUGAUCAAAUCUUCUUAAUUGAUGAUAAAUUUCGUUUUUCUUAUCAAUGGUCAAAUUUUGGUCAAGAAAAAAUUUUCUCUUGGUUACAAUGGCCUUUAACAAUGACAUGUUUAAAUGCAGCUUUAAAUAAUUUAACUACAAAUAAAUAUCAAUCUUCACAAUUACAUUUCAAUUCUUUUCAAUGUUCUUCUAUAGAUGUUUUAAUUCAUUCAACAUCACAAGAAUUAUUUUUUCGAGAACAAGAAAGUGUUUCAUAUUGGCUUGAUUUACAAUAUAAUAUGUCAAUAGAUAAAAAUAAUAGUUCAAUAAAAACAAGACGUCUAAUUCCAUUUGAACUAGCAAAAAAUAAUCAAAUAUGUUCAAAAAAAUUUCAAAAUUGGAUUUUAAAUUAUCAACAAUGGCAUGAAUAUAUUAGUUCGACAAUUAAUAAUCGAUCAAUGACAUAUGAAGAACAGUUUCAACGUAUAAUUGAUCUUAAUGUUCGUUUUUUAAUCUAUGAAAAACAUAUAACAGGUAUAGCUGAUCGAUUAAUUCAUUUAAUUUCAAGUUAUUUAGUAGCUUUAUUAACAAAUCGAUUAUUUAUAUUUGAUAAAAAUUGGCCAGAAUUCAUAGAUGUUAUGCAAUCAAAUUUAAAUUAUCAACAAGAAUUUAUUAUUCCUUGGUUUUCUCAAAUUGAUAUAAUUAAGAAAAAUUUAUCUUUAAAUAUUCAAAAUAAUUUAACAAUCAAAGAUUAUUAUUUUUCUUUUGAUCGAUAUCAUAAAGAUUAUGAUUAUGAAAAAUAUUGUCAUGAACGUAUUGUUAUAUUUAAAGGUCAUACAGGGGGUGUUAUACAUACAAUUAAAUCAAAUUCAAGUAUUUAUAGAAAAUUUUUAACAAUUGAUCUUGAAAUGAAUACAGAAAAUAUUUUUGGAUGUCUUUAUAAUUCUCUUUUUACAUAUCGUUUAUCUGCAUUAAUCAAACGAGUUCCAUUAAUUUCUUCACAAAAUCAAUUAGGUCAUUCAUUUCAACAAAUUUUACAAAUACUUUUAUCACCGAAAUUUUUUCCAAUUGGAAUUCAAAUUCGUGCUGGUGAUGGAACAAUGAUUCAAACAAAAAAUUCAUUGAAUGAAAAAGAAAUUCUUGAAAAAUUUGAUAAUUUUUUUAUAUGUUCUCAACAAAUAAUUAAUAGAAAUAAAAAAUUAUUAUAUGAACUAAAUCAAAUUCCAAUUAUUUUUCUUUUAUCUGAUGAUAUUCAAAUACGUCAAGCUGCUUUAAAACGUUGGAAAUUUUCAUUAGAAUGUUUUCAAUCCUUGGAAAAUAAAUGUCAAACAAAUAAUAGUGAUUUAAAUAUUUUAGCAAAUUCUAACCCAGUUUUUCAUAUAAGAUAUACAACAAAUCAUAUAUUAGCUUUUCAAUUAGGAAUAUUUGAUAGCUUUCUUUUUAGUUUAUGUGAACAACAUUUAAUUACUACAAGUAGUGGAUUUGGUCGUUUGGCAGCUUUUGUAUCUUUAAAACAACAAAAUAUUUACUCGUUGUUUCAUCAUGAACAACCUUCUUGUCAAAAUCAAAGUGUACCACUUGCUAUUGCAGGUUAUUAUUGGUCGGGUAUUUAA